AUGUCAGUAACCCAAUACGAUGUCAAGUUUACCCAACUAAUCAGAUACGUGCCUAUGUACGAAGCUGAUGAAAGGCAGAAGGCACAGAAAUUUGUGAGUGGAUUAAAAGUAGAUCUACAACAAGCCCUCAGCUCAUGUACCAUCAACACUUACAACGAGGCACUGGACAGGGCUCUGACCACCGAGAUGAACCUACUGCAUGUAGGAUUGAUAAGAUCUGAUGAAAAGAAAAGAGAUUCGAAAGGCACGGAGCAUAAGACAGGAGGAAAAAAUUUCAAAGAUAGCAAGCCGUGUCCCCGAUGCAAUAAAGAACACCCAGGAAUAAAUUGUUCUCAAGGGCAUAUCACGUGUUUUUCGUGCAGCGAAAAAGGACACAAGGAAAAGGACUGCCCUAAGAAGAAAGAUGUACCUCCAACUGGGAAUCGAACGAGGAUCACAUGCUACUCGUGCAAUCAACCCGGUCACUACGCUAGUGAAUGUCCGAAGAGACAGAAGAUGGAUCAACCCGGGAAGAUAACCAUGACGCCAGGACCUCGUACCGGACGAGUCUUUUGCCUAACAAGAGAAAAUGAAGAGGUUUACCCUGGCUUGGCAAGAGAUGACGAAGAAACCCAUCCGACAAUGACCAAAGAUAUGCAGAGCUAA